GGCAGUGUGCGCGCAGUAGCGCGCCACGUGUUGUGUGAGAGUGAGUUGUUGUUCGUGUUCGCUAAUCAAGCCGGUUAUCUAAGACGCGUAUUCGACACUCGAAUUGACAGCGUGGACGACGGGACCGAUCCGCGCAAUGGAGAAUGUUUCCGUGUCCAAAGGCGUGUUCGCAUACAAAGGAAGCUACAAAAUUGGCAAGAAAAUAAAAAGCAGAAACGAUGUUCAAGAUCCGGAAUAUUUUAACGAGUCUUGGUACGUUGCGUACAGCGAAAUGUGGCAGUACAUCGAACAAGCCGUAGAGAAUGUGAGAUCGAGAAUGUUCCACGAAGUUAUGUCCAAUUUGGAGUCCUUCGUGUCGAAGGCGAAGGCAACGACGUUGAACACGAUUUCCACAGAAAUAGCCACAGCUAUUUUGCUGACAGGAGUUAACGUUCCUGAUUACACGGUGCUUUUCGAUACGACGGUGUCUAAGCUCGGCAAGAUAACGCCGCACAUAGCAGUGCUGUGGAGCAGAAAUUGCGGCAACGUGAAGAGCAUCAUCGAGGACACCGUGUAUCAGCUUGUCAACGCAUCGGAAUCGGACGACGUACCCGCAGUGCCUAAGAAUCGAUGUACUAUGCGCGUCUUGAAAGAACACUUCAAGAAAUAUCGCAACGCCGAAGAUCCUUUGGUCGUGAUUCUGCCGGAUUUCGAGAGCUUCUCGACCAACGUAUUGCACGACUUCAUCCUGGUGCUGAGUUCGUACACGAGCACGUUAAAGUUUGUGCUGAUACUCGGCGUCGCGACCAGCUUGCACAUCGUACACCGCUCAUUGACGUAUGAUGUCACAUCCAAGUUAACGGUUCAGGUUUUCCACACGCAAACGCAAAUGAAGACACUGACCGACGUAUUGGAGAGCACCGUUUUUUCUACUGAGAUACCGUUUAAACUUAUUGGCCGUGCGUUUCAAUUGUUGACGGAUAUCUUUCUGUUCUACGAUUUCUCGGUGGAUCAUUUCUUACAGAAUUACAAGAUAUGUAUGGUACAACAUUUUUACGACAACAAUAUAAGCUCCCUCUGCUGCCAUCCGAAGGACAUUAAGAGGAGAAUAUCGAAGCUCACCGACGAGGAUAUCGCGGACAUUAAAGGUUUACCGUCGAUCGCGAAGUAUCUAAAAACGUCGAGUGGAUCGACAAAUGGGAAGGACGACGACGAGCAUGGUGAUGAAAAAUUCAAGGAAUUAUUGAAAACGCUAUUAAGCAAAUUUCACGGAUUUAUGCAUCAAUUUCUGAUCGUUUUGAGAUGCUUACACUGCCUGGUCACCUCAUUACCCGGCUCGCCGAUGGGUAAACAGUUGCGGGAGGUUUACACCAAAGCGGUUUACACGAGUAAUCUCAUGGACUCGGCAGAAUACAAGGAGUGCCUGAAAUUACUGGGAUUUUUGUCGAAGGAAGAACUACUUUCGAAGCUUGAGUCUAUCGUAAAGAUCGUCGGCGAUUCCGCCGAUCCGACCAUCAUAAGUAUAAAGAGAGACCUCGAGACUCGCAUCGAGACGAUCCGCGAAGCUAGUUUGGACGUCGCGAAAGCCCCUUCAGAACUCGUCACGGUGAAUGAUAAGCUCAGUCGUUUGCAACUAAAAGAGAAAUUGCUGAAAAUGAGUCAGCAGCAAUCUCGGUCCGCUUACAAGCAGGCGCAGCACGACUUAAUCGAUUACCUGGACCGACGUGUGUUCUCCGUUCACUUGGUCGACCCGAGUCGCGUGACGGCUCACGAGAUUUUCUGCUACAGCGAUGGGAACCAGGCGAAGCACCACAUUCGCGGUUCCUUGCGGGCCGUCAUACACACCGGAUUGAGCGAUCCGCAAAUAUACUUGGACUGUGACUGCUGCAAAUUGGAGAACGACGACGACAUUCCGCGCACGCUGCCCGACCUGAGUAUAAUUUAUAAGCUACACUUGGAGUCCAGGAAGCUGAUCAAUAUGUACGACUGGCUGCAGGCGUUCCUGACUAUUGCGAGUCAGACACAGAGUGCGCAGGAGCAACGUGACGUGGAUCCGCGAAUGCAAGCUCGGUUUACUCAAGCGGUCGCCGCCCUGCAGUUCCUCGGCUUCAUCAAGACUUCUCGAAGUAAAACGGAUCAUGUAAAGCGUCUUACGUAAGAACAAUAUGCGCGUUUGAUUAUUUGCACUGUUUGUGUCUUGCGCGUAUGCACGCGCGCAACAUUAUUUAUGUAUGCGAAAUAUUAUUCAUGAAUUAUGUAUGAA